UAUUGUUGUUGUUUUUUUGUUGCGCUGGUGGAACGACAGGCUGAGGUGAAAAGCCUGACUAUGUCUUUAUGUCAGUGACAUAGAGGUGUUACACUAAUAGGCAUCUAACGAUAAAGUAAACUGCAAGAAAGGUCAAAGGGGCUGGCAGAGUCCCAUUCGGUAGUGCAACUAACGGAAUAAAUGUUAGUUAGCCAUCCAGCUACAGUAACGUUGGCUAAUAAGCAGAACAUUAAGUAUCUGUCAGAAGACUAAUAGCUUGUUAGCUACGGACCCAUCAACACCACCAUCGUUUCAAAUAUAUCGCCGUGUCUUAAUUUUAGUACGAUGGGAAACGCCGCUACAGCUAAGAAAGGCAACGAACAAGAGAGCGUGAAAGAGUUCUUAGCCAAAGCCAAAGAAGACUUUUUACGAAAAUGGGAGUGCCCACCACAGAGCACAACCGGACUGGAUGACUUUGACAGGCUGAAGACUCUUGGCACAGGCUCGUUCGGUAGAGUGAUGUUGGUGAAACAUAAAGGAACAGAACAGUUCUACGCCAUGAAGAUCCUGGACAAACAGAAAGUGGUGAAGCUGAAGCAGAUAGAACACACGCUAAACGAAAAGAGAAUACUGCAGGCGGUGUCCUUCCCCUUUCUCGUGAGACUAGAGUAUUCCUUCAAGGAUAACUCCAACCUCUACAUGGUGAUGGAGUACGUUCCAGGAGGAGAAAUGUUCUCGCAUCUGAGACGCAUCGGGAGGUUCAGUGAACAUCACGCACGAUUUUAUGCAGCUCAGAUAGUACUCACUUUUGAGUACCUCCACUCGCUAGACCUUAUCUACAGAGACCUGAAGCCUGAAAACCUUCUCAUUGAUCACCAAGGGUACAUCCAGGUCACAGACUUUGGCUUUGCCAAAAGAGUAAAAGGCAGGACCUGGACAUUGUGUGGAACUCCUGAGUACCUGGCUCCAGAGAUCAUCCUCAGCAAGGGCUACAACAAAGCUGUGGACUGGUGGGCACUGGGGGUCCUGAUCUACGAGAUGGCUGCCGGGUACCCUCCGUUCUUCGCUGAUCAGCCAAUCCAGAUCUACGAGAAGAUCGUGUCUGGCAAGGUACGAUUCCCCUCCCAUUUCAGCUCAGACUUGAAAGACCUGCUGAGGAACCUGCUCCAGGUGGACCUGACGAAGCGCUACGGCAACCUGAAGAAUGGGGUGAAUGACAUCAAGAACCACAAGUGGUUUGCCACAACGGACUGGAUCGCAAUCUAUGAGAGGAAGGUGGAAGCUCCCUUCAUACCAAAGUGCAGAGGACCAGGAGACACAAGCAACUUUGACGACUACGAAGAGGAGGAUGUCCGUGUGUCCGACACAGAAAAGUGUGCGAAGGAGUUUUCCGAAUUCUAGCAAGGGGAGGCAGGCGUGUUCCAUAAGGUCUCACAUGUAUUGGGAUUUUUGCAGUCUGUUGAGGGUGGAGCUGAGACAUGACGCAUUCAAAACAAUUGCCUAGUUCCUUCAUUCCACAAGGUUGAAUGAGGUCCUUCUUGCCAUGAUCCUCCUCGCGUGCGGUUAGCACUAAACGUAUACACAGGCACAUUAUGCAGACACCCCUCGUGCUGCGACACAAAAAUACUAGGUAGACCACGUUUUUUGUCUUUUGUUUCCUGUUUUGUUUUUAAAACAUUUGUUGCUUUAAGGAAUCCCCCCCCCCUUCCCUCCAUUUUAAACCAAGUGAUUAUUUGCAAAGCAAGACAAAAACCAAUGAAAUGCCCAUUUUACAGUGGCACAAAGAGUUAGUCUAUAGUAGGUGGCAUUACACAUUUGAGUGAUUUUUAAGUUGCUCCUAGUUCUUGCUAGUGACUCGUGCCAGUUCCUGUGUGUUAGGCCUACACGUCAGUGUUUGUUUUAGGUUUAAUUCAACUUUCUUGGCCCAGUCUAUAAUCCUAAACAUUUUGCUGUCCUUAAGAAGUAGACUGUGUCUUUCUGCAUAAUCUAAAGAUACAGUAUCUUUUUACAAAGAAAUGGAUGUCAGAAAAGGAAAAUAGUCAAUACAAUACCACCGUCACAUGGGCAUGCAGUCCUUGAUGAGGGGUACAGUAGUAGCAAACCUUAUUACAAAGCAAAAACCUGUGAGAUGUUUAAUUUAUCAUUUGUAGCAAUGUUUUACUUGUCAGGUCAUGGGGCAUUUUAUUUUAAUUUUUUUAACCUCCGAGUAUGUAUUGUAUUCAAAUUAAGAUGAAGUGAGAUUAUAUAUUUUAAGGUACAACAACCCCAAGAGGGGUAGGAAACUUAUGGGCUUUAACUACACUGAACAAAAAUAUAAACGAAACCAUGCAACAAUUUCAAAGAUUUUACGAAGUUACAGUUCAUAUAAGGAAAUCAGUCAAUUGAAAUAAUCUAUGGAUUGCACAUGACUGGGAAUACAGAUAUGCAUCUGUUGGUCACAGACACCUUAAAAAAAAAGUGGUGGUGUGGAUCCAAAAACCAGUCAGUAUCUGGUGUGACCAUCAUAUGCCUCAUGCAGUGCAACGGACACAUCUCCUUCGCAUAGAGUUGAUCAGGCUGUUGGUUGUGGCCGGUGGAAUAUUGUCCCACUCCUCUUCAACGGCUGUGUGAAGUUGAUGGAUAUUGGCUGGAACUGGAACAUGCUGUCAUACACGUCAACCCAGAGCAUCCCAAACAUGCUCAAUGAGUGACAUGUCUGGUGAGUAUGCAGGCCAUGGAAGAACUGGGAUAUUUUAAGCAUCCAGGAAUUGUGUACAGAUCCUUGUGACAUGGGGUUGUGCAUUAUCUUGCUGAAACAUGAGGUGAUGGCGGCGGAUGAGUGGCACAAUAAUGGAUCGUCUCAUGAUAUCUCUGCAUUCAAAUUUCCAUCGAUAAAUGUAAUUGUUUGUUGUUCGUAGCUUAUGCCUUCCCAUACAUAACCCCACCGCCAGCAAACCACUCGCCCACACGACACCAUACACGCUGUCUGCCAUAUGCCCGGUACAGUUGAAACCUGGAUUUAGCUGUGAAGAGUGCACUUCUCCAGCGUGCCAGUGGCCAUCUAAGGUGAGCAUUUGACCACUGAAGUCGGUGACGACGCCAAACUGCAGUCAGGUCAAGACCCUGAUGAGGACGACGAGCAUGCAGAUGAGCUUCUCUAAAACGGUUUCUGACAGUUUGUGCAGAAAUUAUUUGGGUGUGCAAACCCAGUUUCAUCAACUGUCUGGGUGGCUGGUCUCGGACGAUCCCGCAUGUGAAGAAGCCGGAUGUGGAGGUCCUGGGCUGGUGUGGCUAAACGUGGUCUGCGGGUGUGAGGCCGGUUGGACGCACUGCCAACUUCUAUAAAAUGACGUUGGAGGCAGCUAAUGAUAGGGAAAUUAUUAUUCAAUUCUCUCUGAUGGACAUUCCUGCAGUCAGUAUGCCAAUUGCACUCUCCCUCAACUUGAGACAUCUGUGGCAUUGUGUUGUGUGACACGAGUGGGCUUUCAUUGUCCCCUGCACAAGGUGCACCUUUGUAAUGAUCAUGUUGUAAACAUCGGCUUCUUGAUAUGCCACACCUGUCAAGUGGAUGGAUUAUCUUGGCAAAUGAGAAAUGCUCACUAAAAGGGAUGGUAACAAAUUUCUGCACAAAAUUUGAAAUACACUUUUUGUGCGUAUGGAAAACUUCUGGGAACUUUUAUUUCCGCACAUGAAAAAUGUGACACACUUUACAUGUUGCGUUUUAUCUUUUUGUUCAGUAUAGAAUUACUGUAUACCAUGGGUUCUCAAAGUGGGGAACUGCAGGGGGCCCGUAACCAGAUGUUAUACACAUAUACAGUACCAGUCAAGUUUGUAGACACCUCAUUCAAGGAUUUUUCUUUAUAAUUACUAUUUUCUACAUCGUAGAAUAACAGUGAAGACAUCAACUAUGGAAUCAUGUACAGUAGUAGCCCAAAAAAGUGUUAAACAAGUAUAUUUUAUAUUUGAGGUUCUUCAAAUUAGCCACCCUUUGCUUUGAUGACAGCUUUGCACACUAUUGGCAUUCUCUCAACCAGUUGUUUUGUUUUUCCAACAGUCUUGAAGGAGUACCCAUAUAUGCUAGGCUGCUUUUCCUUCACUCUGCAGUCCAACUCAUCCCAAACCAUCUCAAUUGUUUUGAUGUCAGGUGAUUGUGGAGGCCAGGUCAUCUGAUGCUGCACUCCAUCACUCUCCUUCUUGGUCAAAUCGCCCUUACACACCCUGUAGGCGUGUUGGGUCAUUGUCCGGUUGAAAAACAAAUGAUAGUCCCACUAAGCGCAAAUCAGAUGUGAUGGCUUAUCACUGCAGAAUGCUGUGGAAGCUAUGCUGGUUAAUUUUGCCUUGAAUUAUAAAACCGUGUCGUCAGCAAAGCACCAUCACACCUCCUCCAUGCUUCACGGAGGGAACCACACAUGCGGUGAUCAUCCAUUCAACAUCUGUCUCUCAAGAAUUUUAAUAUUUGUACUCAUCAGACCAAAUGACAGAUUUCCACCGGUCUAAUGUUCAUUGCUUGUGAUUCUUGGCUCAAGCAAGUCUCUUCUUUCUAUUGGUAUCCCUUAGUAGUGGUUUCUUUGCAGCAAUUCGACCAUGAAGGCCUGAUUUCAUGCAGUCUCCUUUGAACAGUUGAUGUUGAUGUGUUUGCAGCCCAAAUAAAUGCUUCACAAUUCAACAAUUUGAGGUGCAGUUAACUCUAAUGAACUUAUCCUCUGCAGUAGAGUUAACUCUGGGUCUUCCUUUCCUGUGGCGGUCCUCAUGAGCCAAUUUAAUCAUAGCACUUGAUAAAACUCAGUUUUUGAAAUGUUCCGCAUUGACUUACUUUCAUGUCUUACAGUAAUGGACUGUUGUUUCUCUUUGCUUAUUUGAGCUUUUCUUGGACUUGGUCUUUUACCAAAUAUGGCUAUAUCUUCUGUAUACCACCCCUACCUUAUCACAACACAACUGAUCAAAUACAUUAAGAAGGAAGGAAAUUCCACAAAUUAACUUUUAACAAGGCACACCUGUUAAUGGAAAUCCAUUCCAGCUGACGAGCUCAUGAAGCUGGUGGAGAAAAUGGCUAGAUUGUGCAAAGCUGUCAAGGCAAAGGGUGACUACUUUGAAUAAUCUCAAAUAUAAAAUAUAUUUUGAUUGAACAUUUCUUGGUUACAUGAUUCCAUGUGUGUUAUUUUAUAGUUUUUGAUGUCUUCACUAUUAUUUUACAAUGUAGAAAAUAGUACAAUUAUGAGAGAACCUGGAAUGAGUAAGUGUGUCCAAACUUUUGACUGGUAGUGUGUGGAUAUAUAGAUAUAUAUCCACACACAGUGCAUUUGGAAAGUAUUCAAACCCCUUGACUUUUUUACACAUUUUGUUACGUUACAGCCUUAUUCUAAAAUGUAUUCAAUUGUUUUUCCCUCAAUCUACACACAAUACCCCACAAUGACAAAGCAAAAAACAGGUUGACAUUUGUGCAAAUUUAUUAAAUUUAAAAAACUAACAUUUACAGAAUUAUUCCGACCCUUUACUCAGUACUUUGUUAAAUCACCUUUGGCAGCAAUUAAAUCCUGGGUGUGACGCCACAAGCUUGGGACACCUGUAUUUGGGGAGGGGUAGUGUUGCUGCACAGCUGCUUUCAAGUCUCUCCAGAGAAGUUUGAUCGGUUUCAAAUCCAGGCUCAGCCUGGGCCACUCAAGGACAUUCAGAAGCUUGUCCCAAAGCCACUCCUGUGUUGUCCUGGCUGUGUGCUUAGGGUCGUAGUCCUGUUUGAAGGUGAACCUUCGCCCUAGUAUGAGGUCCUGAGUGCUCUGGAGCUAUUUUUCAUCAAGGAUCAAUGUACUUUGCUCCUUUCAUCUUUCCCUCGAUCCUGACUAGUCUCUUCAGUCCCUGCCGCUGAAAAACAUCCCCACAGUAUGAUGCUGCCAACUCUGUGCUUCACCGUAGGAAUGGUGCCAAGUUUCCUCCAGACGUGAUGCUUGGAAUUCAGGCCAAGGAGUUCCAUCUUGGUUUCAUCAGACCAGAGAAUCUUGUUUCUCAUGGUCUGAAUCCUUUAGGUGGAUUUUGGCAAACUCCAAGCUGGCUGUCGUGAGGAGUGGCUUCCGUCUGGCCACUCUACCAUAAAGGACGGAUUGGUGGAGUGCUGCAGAAAUGGUUGCCCUUCUGGAAGGUUCUCCCAUCCCCACAGAGGAUCUCUGGAGCUCAGAGUGACCUUCGGGAUCUUGGUCACCUCCCUGACCAAGGCCCUUCUCCCCCGAUUGCUCAGUUUGGCCUCGCUGCCAGCUCUAGGGAAAUUCUUGGUGGUUCCAAACUUCUUCCAUUUAAGAAUUAUGGAGGCCACUGUGUUCUUGGGGACCUUCAAUUUUUUUGGUACCCUUCCCCAGAUCUGUGCCUCGACACAAUCCUGUCUCUGAGCUCUACGGACAAUUCCUCCGACCUCAUGGCUUGGUUUUUGUUUUAACAUGCACUGUCAACUAUGAGACCUUCUAUAAACAGGUGUGUACCUUUCCAAAUCAUGUCCAAUCAAUUGAAUUUACCACAGGUGGACUCUAAUCAAGUUGUAGAAACAUCUGAAGGAUGAUCAAUGGAAACAGGAUGCACCUGUGCUCAAUUUCGUAUCUCAUUGCAAAGGGUCUGAAUACUUAUGUUAAUACAUUUUCUAAAAUUUCUUAACCUGUUUUACUUUAAUUAUGGGGUAUUGUGUGUAGAUUUAUAAUUAAAAAAAAUAUUUAAUACAUUUUAGAAUAAGGCUGUAACGUAACAAAAUGUAGAGAAAAUAGUCUGAAUACUUUCCGAAUGCACUGUACAAAUCCAUUGAACACCUUUGAGAUUAAUUGGAAUGCUGACUGUGAGCCUAAUCGCCCAACAUCAGUUCCCUACCGUAUUAAUGCUCUUGUGGCUGCAUGGAAGCAAGUCUCCGCAGCAAUGUUCCAACAUUUAGUGGAAAGCCUUCCCAGAAGAGUGAAGACUGUUGUAGCUUUAAAACUGCAACAUUAUCUCUCUGCCUCAUGGUAAAAUGUGUAAAAUUGCAGAAUAUUAGAUUUAAAGCUAUGGCAAAAUGUGUGGAACUCAAGAAAUUAGCCUAAACUGAUCAUUUUCUUUCCAAUUGCAAGAGGCAGACCUUUUUAAAUGUUAGUUCCCCGGGCUGAGACAGUUCGUCCACUGCAGACGUCAUUGAGCACGGUUACAUGCACACAAUCAGAUUAUUGUGAAUAGUGAGUUUAAUAGUUUAUAAUAGUUUAUGUACUUUGCAAGAACGAUUUUGCUGUUUACAUGGACACAUCUGGACUUUGGAUAAAUGCAGAAAAUCGCCAUUCACAAACGUUCUACCACACUGACCAUGUUAUUUUUGCAAAGACAAUUUGAUUCUGAGUACGGACAUGUGUAUGGUAAAUUUGAAUGUGAACUUUAAGAUGCAUACUUUCAGUUUUUCCGAACUCACUUCACACAUGCAUAAGGGACGCUUACGCUACCCAGUACUUGCUCAUGUCAGAUCAAAUACACCUCUGGAACGUCAAUUAAGAUGUUUAAAUGUCCUAAUUAUUUGAAAGAUUUCUCUGAAAACCAGGUGUUUUAUUCUGCGUGUGCUGACUUCGAUUAUGACCUUACACAGAUAAGCAGAGUAGUGUUUCUUUACAAGACUAAUGGCAUACUCGGCCUUCUGUCAUAAGUAGUUUAAAUUCAAAUUACUAGUGUGCAUGUAAACAUUCUCCAAGUAAAACUCUAUUUUUAUCGCACUCAAGCUGUUCUGAUUUAUGAGGUUGAUAUAAUUUGCUGUCACAAAACGGGUCCCUGGACCCAAAAAGCUUGAGAAUCCCUGUUCUAUACAAUAGGUUGUCAUUUUGGUAGCACAUCCGAAAACUGCAGAAGCUUAUAGUUGUUUUGAAUUAAAGGAACAAAUAUAUUUUGGUAUUUGUUUCAUUAGUCCGUUAAUACAGUCCCGAAAUGUUUUCCAUGUCAGCAGAAAUAUAGCCUGUAUGAUGCAAAAUGCAGCAGUAUUUCUGUAUUUUGAAAGUGACUUAUUUUGAAAACUUCAUUGCUGACAUGCAAAACAUUUUGGGACUGUAUUAACAAUGGAAUUUUCCUUUAAUACAUGUUUUCCUUUAACUGUUCAAAUGUAAAUGGUUUAGUUGCUUUAGUUUUGUCAGAUGUUACAUAGCUGUGUCUGUGAAGCAGUGUUGGUUACAUGGGCAGGUUCAGUCUCACCUUUUUGUUUUUAAAUGAUCAUUUAGCAAAGCGCUCAGAAGACAUUGUGUAACUGCCAUUUCUAUUUUUUUACUCCUGCAUGUCUGUUUCCAUUUGUUACAUCCCUCCAUACAACAGUGUACUGUAGCGACUCCCUUGAAUGGGUAUUGAAGAUGUUGUAUUCUCACAAACUAAAACAUGAUUUCACAUGCAAUUUUUUUUCUUGAGUUUCAGCUCCUUUCAUAUGGCAUUUUGUUCAGCUCAUUUCAGAGGAACAAUUGCUAUUUUUUUUAUAUAUACUUAUUAGAGAUACAUUUAUUGGAUAUAUUUUUAUGUUUAAACUUGCAUAGGUCCCAGUAUGUUAGAUUUUUUGUUUUAAAUAUAUAUAUAUAUUAUUAGGUAAAUAAUAUUUCAUGAAAUAGGCUACUUUGCAAUCUUAUGCCUUGUUAACAUCCUGGGUAUUAAGCAUGUGUCAAUCCAAUCUUAUGCCUUGUUAACAUCCUGGGUAUUAAGCAUGUGUCAAUCCAAUCUCUAUGAAUGUGUUUAUCCAUUUCCCAAAACUAUGGUAAAUUUACAGCAACUUGUGAGUUUGAAUGAUGUGUGUAAUGUUUGUUGCAAAGUUACUUGUAAAUUAAGGCACUAUUUCCUGAGCUACCUGACACUCCUUGCAGAUGAAAAUUGUUUCAAUGUAUAACUAAUUUAUAGUCACAAGCAUACCAGUAUAGGCCAUAAUAUGAAAAAUGGCUGUAUUUAGUUUUUUGGAUAUGUUGCACAAUGUCAUUUAGAAGGCCACUUUUUCCCACCCAUAGUUACUUGUUUGCUAGAGAAGUAUAACAUAAAUUUGCUGUAACAGAUUUUAUGGAACAAAAGAUGUCACUGUAAUACAUUUAUUUCUUAAAAUAUUAUAUUUUGUAUAUAAUUUGACUGAAGAGAUGCUGUAUGCAAUAAAUGCUGCAGUGACAUUCAUGGACAAUAAGGUUUUAAUAAAGGCUGGAUGUCAUGUU